AUGUUUAAUUAGUAAUAUAGUUUGGAUUAAAGCAACUCUCAACAUUCCUCCUAACAAUCUUAAACAUUUUUGGCAGUUCCUCGUCUAAUUUAAUAAGAGAUUUAAGCCUAUCAAGCUGGAGUGUAGAAGCAUGUUAAUUUUGAAGAUCCUAAUCAGUUGUAGAAGAGUGAACAUAAAGAAAGUUUGGAGGAGGGUGAAAUCUUUGGUUCCAGAUUGUCAAUGGAAAAAAGAGAAUUUAAUAAAAUUGAUGAAGUUGAGGAAAAUUAUAAAUCCUUAAAGUUAUUUCAAAUAGAAAUGCAAAAUAUAAAUGGAAGAAAGUUGAUUUCUAAAAAUAGUCGAAAAUUUAGUGAUUAAAGUGAUAUGGGCUUGCGUAAACAUAGUGAAUAAUUGAGAAAAGCUUCAUCUUCAUAUUUCCCCAAUCCUUCUCCAAAAUUCAAAGUUUAAGGAAGUCCACUCUUACCUAAAGGAGACUUAUUAUUAAUACCUAAAUGGCCUAAAAGAUGGUUUUAUAUUGUUAAGUUUCUAAGCAAAAUUAUGUGCGUUUAACCAAACAUUCUUAAAUAAUCCCAUUUAAUGUUAAUAGAUGAUAAGGCUAAUAUUAUAGCAUAGAAUUGCUUUAUCUUUAAUCCUUAUACACCAAAAGUAUUAUGGAUUCGUUAUAUCAUGUUAAUAUUGUAUAUGAUAGGAUUUUUAAUAAUCUUCUGGGAAUUUGCAUUCAGUGAAUCUCGAGAAUUAUUUUUAGCUUUUUGUAAAUAAUAUCAAUUAAUUGAAGUUACUUUAUCAAUCCUAGAAAGUUUGAGUAACUAUUUUAUUGGAGUAUACAUUGAUGAAAUGUACACAGAGAAUAGAUGGAAUAUAGCUUAAUAGUACUUAUAUUAAGAUAUUAUUUAUCUAAUAAGUUGUUUACUCACAUUAUUUGCAUCUGAUUACUUUAGUAAUAUUUAUUAAUAAUCUUUAAUAGUUAUGUUAAUAUUAUUGAGAGUACAAAGACUCUACAUGAUUAAUUCAUAAGUAACAUAUUGUUUUAUUCCUAUCUUAUUAAUUCAUAUAUUUUCAACUCUUUAAUCAAGACUUACUCAAGAUUAGUAAAAUUUCAUGCAUAAUUAGAUUUUCAGACAGUAACAUUUCUAUCUACAUAACAUCAUUUUAAUGGACAAUAUUCUAAUUGACCAAUAGUGGAAAUCCUUAUGAUAGAUAAUUAGAAAUAAAUGGAGAUACAAAUAUAUCAUAAAGAUUACUUUCAAUUAUAGCCACAAUAAUUGGUUAUUUAGUUACAAUAUAUUUAAUUAAACAAUUCUUAUAAUAUAAGCCAUAAUAGAAAUAUAAGAUUAGUGCUUAACUUAGUUAAAAUUUAUAAAGAUAUCAAAAUAGAAAUAUGUUAGAACCUAUAGAUUUAAGUGGAUUAAGACCAGAUUUAUAAUAUCAAAUGAGACAAGAACUAUUUAUGCCAUUAUUGGAAAGUCUACCAUUUAAUAGAGCAUUUUUGUAAGAUUUGUCUUAAAAAUUGUAAACAUUAACUUAUCCUCAUGGAACAAUAUUACAUCAAUAAUAUUAAGUUAUAGAUAAAUUAUUCUUUUUGAUGAAGGGAAACUUUGCUUAAUGUAUUGGUAAUAAAGUAUUAACAACAAAUAUAUUUCCUAUUUAAUAUUUUUAUCGUUAAAUUUAAUGUCCUUUAACACUUAGAUGUUUAAGUGAAUCUUUAAUUGCUCAUGUGGAUAUUAAUGAUUUUUUAUAGUUAAUUAAAAUGCACAGUCAAGAUUUUCAGAAAUUUUGUAUGUUAAAAGAUAAUAUGAAAGAAGUUUGUCCAUGUUGUGGAUAUAGAAAUCAUACUUUUACUAAAUGUAAACAUGUAUUUUAUGUUCCAAAUUUUAAAGAAUUAAUUCUUAUUCAUAAUACAUCUGAACCAAAUGAUAGAGUUAAUUAUUAUAGAGAUAAUGGAAGAAAUAGAAUUAAUGCUUUAUUAAAUAAAAAUCUUAUAUGUAUUACAGCCAUUAGUUUUGCUAUUACAAAUAAAAUAUCUUUAGAAACUGAUUUAACUAAUGAAGUAAUGGGUAGAUUAUAAGGUAGUACUAAUAAUUUUGAAGAUUCUAUUUUAAAUGAUUUUUAAGAUGAGAAAUCAUCUCGUUAUUCGUUAUAUCAAAAACAUGGUACUGUUGAAGUUCCUAAAACUAUUAAUUCACCUUAAAAUACUUUCAGUAGUUAAACUCAUUAAUAAAGCAGUAUGCCUCCUAUAAAAUUAGAAGAAAAGGAAUCCUCAUAUAAUAGUAGAAAAUUUGUACAUAAACAUGUUGAUUAUUCACACACUUAAAAUUCGAUUAAAGUGAAUUUAGUUAAAUCUACUAACUCAAAUGAAUUAUAAGUUAAAAGAACUCAAAAGAAUAGAUAAACAAGUUCUUCAAGUUCAUUAAAUAAAAAGAUGUAAUCCACAAGUAUCAUGUAGUAACCAAAAUCAUAAACUGGAUCUAUUAUACCAUAAUAAGAAGAAAAUGAGGAUAAUUUAGAUUAAGUGUGUAGUUAUGAAUAUUAUUAUCCUUCAUAUAAUAUCGAAAAUAUUGCCAAUGCUUUAAAUCAUAAAUUAAUGAAUAAAAGCAUGUCAUUUGUUAAUUGA